AUGGCGGGUCUCCUGAAGAAGACCACCAGCCUCACGGGAUUGGCUGUGAGUGCCUCUCUGCAUGAGAGACUAAGAAUAUUGUAUGCAAAGAUUCUCGAUGUUCUUCAUCAAUUCCCUAAAAAUGUAGCAUAUAGAAAAUAUACUGAACAGAUUACAAAUGAGAACCUGGGUAUGGUUGAAGUGGAACCAGAUGUUAUAAAAUUGGAAGACCAACUUCAGGGUGGCCAAAUAGAAGAGGUGAUUUGUCAGGCUGAAAAUGAACUAAGCUUGGCAAAAAAAAUGUUGCAGUGGAAACCAUGGGAGCCAUUAGUGGAAAAGCCUCCUGCUAACCAGUGGAAAUGGCCAAUAUAGUUAUCUUUAAAUGUCUCUGAUAGGUUGAUGGCAAACUGAUGUAAUUAAAUGUACUGUUAUAUUAAAAGUGUGUUCAUAUUAUUGACAUGUUGUAAUCAAGAAAAUUAAUACAGGACAAACCUAGGAGACUUUAAAAUUUGUUACU